GCGCAUGCCCUGUCCAACAGCGAUAUACAAUAUACAUACCGCGACAUGGUCCGCUAUCCACGAGCUGAGAGACGGUUUCUCAGUGCACAGCUGAGCGCGCCAAAGUGAUAUCAACGUUUGUGAGAAACAUUCCAGAAGAAUUAAAUUCUUCAAUUUUAAGAAAAAUGAAGCCACAUGUAACGACACCACAUUUCUUUCGUCAAACAAUUAUAGAACUAUUUACGUUGUGACCCACAUUUAAAUUGUCAUAAAUUUUUAAUUUCUGAAAAGGUAUCUAAAAAGAUACCUCAGAGUAGGUUUCCGUGUUAUUAAGUUCGUCUAACAAGUUAAUAAUAUGGGAACAUACAACUUAGUUCUACGCUGUGCUGCUAAUUAGGAAAUUAAUUAUUACCUAUAUAAUAUAAUACAGUUGUUGGUUUAAUGAUGUUAUUGUUAAAAAUUAAAAUUACUGAAGUAGUUCUCUAACAAACCAAUAAUGGAGCCUUAUUCUGCCGAUCUGUUAUGGCUGGUCGUGUGUGGAUUUGUGGUGGCGUUUGUUUUGGCGUUCGGCAUCGGCGCCAACGACGUGGCCAACUCGUUCGGCACCAGCGUGGGCUCGAAGGUGCUGACUCUCACGCAGGCCUGCGUCCUGGCCACCAUCUUCGAGAUCGCUGGAGCUGUUCUAAUAGGGUAUAAAGUGUCGGACACUAUGAGGAAAGGAAUACUGGACGUGUCGCUGUAUGCGGAUGGCGGGGAGCGACUGCUGGCGGCUGGUUGCCUGGCGGCGCUUGUGGCUGGCGCCGCGUGGCUGAUCCUGGCGACGGCGCUGCGGUUGCCAGUGUCGGGAACACACUCCGUGGUGGGCGCGACCGUCGGGUUCACUCUGACGGCUAAGGGACCAGUCGGAGUGCGGUGGUCAACUCUGGGAGCUAUAGUUUUAUCGUGGUUCAUAUCACCAGUGAUGAGUGGGGCCGUCUCGGCUCUCCUCUUCUGGGUCGUGCGCAAGUUCAUCCUCCGAGCGCCGCAGCCCUUGUCAGCGGGGCUCCACGCAUUGCCUUUCUUCUAUGGAGCCACUGUUGCUGUGAAUGUGCUCAGUGUCGUGCACGAUGGACCCAAACUGCUCGCGAUGGACAAGAUACCAAUGUGGGCUGCUCUUGCAGGUUCAGUAGCUCUAGGCGCUUUCGCAGCAGCGUGUGUUCGAUUGUUUCUUGUGCCAUAUUACAAACGCCAACUCACUCCAAAGCCUGUUAACUUUACACUCGGUGUUUCAAAUGAAACAACACCCGCGAAUACUCCUACUCAUUCAGCGAAAGGUGUGCCACAAAGACCGACCUCCUUACUGUCAGAGGAUGGCAAGGUUCUAGAAGUGAUAGCAGAAAGUGCUGAAAUGGUCACACUCAGCGAUGCAGAUAAAUGUUCCCUAGAAGUCAGAGAGAUGAACGCAAGAAACAGAGCACUGUUGGCAACAAUGGAUGAUUGUAGUAUACUGUCGCGCAGUCUCAGCCCCCCCGACAAGUCCCGACUACAGUUGAUAGACGCCGACCCGCAAAUCAAUACUUUGAAAUAUAUCGAUGAGACUUUGAGCUGUUGCAAGAGUCUGGAUUCCACGCAGCUUGUCGGAAUGGGAGAGAGUUACGAUUCCAAGAAUGGUUUUCUUGAUGAUUCUCUCGAUACAAUUGGGCGUAGCGAAUUGGGAAGAAUUUCGGCUGUUCGGGCAAUGUCAGUUGCUGUAGAGUUUGACACACCAUCUCCGAGAAUCAUCAAGGGCCCCGAAGUUGGUAGUGCUUGGAGUAUUGACUGUGACGGCGGGGUGGGUCGACUGCCAGCGAUCACACCCAACUCAAGUGCUGCUCCGUUACUCAGGGCAGUGACCCCUCCGCGAACGACGUGUGCUCCUCCACCCCCUGAUACUUUAAGAUUAUUUUCGUUCUUGCAAGUAUUGACAGCUACAUUUGGAGCCUUUGCCCACGGUGGAAAUGAUGUAAGCAAUGCUAUUGGCCCGUUGGUAGCGUUAUGGCUGCUUUAUUCAGAAGGGAGUGCACACGCACGAGCGGAGACGCCACUUGCAAUUCUCGUAUUUGGCGGUGUGGGCAUCGCUCUUGGGCUGUGGCUGUGGGGACGAAGAGUCAUCAGGACUGUCGGCGAAGAUCUAACAAGCAUCACACCUGACACAGGUUUUACCAUAGAGUUGGGUGCUGCUCUGACAGUGCUCAUAGCCAGCAAGGCAGGCUUACCUAUCUCCACAACUCACUGUAAGGUCGGCUCGGUUGUCUGCGUUGGUUAUUCUUCUCAAAAGGGUGUUGAUUGGAGUUUAUUCAGGAACAUAAUUUUCGCGUGGGUUGUUACUGUGCCGGCGGUUGCGGCCAUGGCUUCGCUCGCAAUGCUAGCACUUGAGGCAUUUGUUGUCUAGAUUUUAUAUAAACAUAGAUUAUUUAUUCAAAUAAACAUUUCUUGACACUUACAGCCACAAAAUUAAUUGUUUACAUAUAAAUCCAAACAUGAUCAAAUAUAAAUUAGUGAAGUUGUAAUCAUGCCACAGUUAACUAAUCAGAUUAACAUAUAAUUUAUUAAUAUAAGUUCGAAUAUUA